GCAGCCUUUCUUCUGAUCUAUCUCUUUCUCUUAAAUUAUAGUUGGGUUUUUGGGUGAAGGAGGAAAUAGGGGUUGUGGAAAAGAUGAGGAGGCGUCAGGUGGUUGUGAGGAGAAUGGAGGAGCCUUCAAGGAUCAGCACGAGUGUGAGAUAUAGAGAGUGCCAGAAGAAUCACGCCGCCAGUGUGGGAGGAUACGCCGUGGACGGGUGCAGGGAGUUCAUGGCUAGUGGCGAGGAUGGCACCGCUGCAGCACUCAACUGCGCCGCCUGCGGCUGUCACCGAAGCUUCCAUAGAAGGGAAGUUGACACUGAGGUAGUCUGCGAGAGCUCUUCACCUCCUAAUUCUUCAAAUGGGAUUAGAAGAAAUUAAAUUAGUUAUGGGAGUAUAGUUCUUGUUUUUAUGAAUGAAUUAAUGGUUUGAUGGUGCAUGUGCUGUUUUCCUUUCUAGCUUUUCUGAUUUUCUCUGGUUUCUACUUGAGUUGGGUUGAAUUGAUCAGUGAUCACCAAAACUCUCCCCACGAUAUAUAGUUAUGUAUAUGAAGGGCCAAAUCUAGAAAGUGUGUGUUUUGCUUUAGAUAUAUAUGAUAUGAAGGAAUUGUUCUAUCUU